GUAAAUCCCAACCCGAUCUCAACCCAACCGAUCCCUCUGCCGGAAUCCUCUCUCUCUCUCUCUCUCGCUCUCGGCUCACCCUAGGGUUUGCGUUUCCCUCGCCACGGUCCUCACCUCUCUCUCUUUCUGUCUCUUGCCCUCGGAAACAACUCCAUUCGUCCUCCCGAGACCCAUCCCCUCAGUCAGAUAUCCCGGAGAGAACGGAAUCGAAAGCAUCUACUUAGCCAUUAAUACUACCGACGUCUAUCUCGCCCAUUCCCUCUAUUUCUUUCUUUCCAAAAACUUCACUCACCACACUACUUCACAGAGAUAGGGAUACAGAGAGGUUGGUUGGUGAUGGCGAAGACCAAGCCCGGCAAGAAGGACCUCGAUUCCUACAGCAUCAAAGGCACCAACAAGGUCGUCAAAGUGGGGGACUGCGUGCUAAUGAGGUCGUCGGACUCGGAGAAGCCGCCGUACGUGGCUCGGGUGGAGAAGAUAGAGGCGGACCACCGGAACAACGUGAGGGUGCGGGUGAGGUGGUACUACCGGCCGGAGGAGUCGAUCGGCGGGCGGCGUCAGUUCCACGGGGCGAAGGAGCUCUUCCUCUCCGACCACUACGACGUCCAGAGCGCCCAUACCAUUGAAGGAAAGUGCACCGUCCACUCCUUCAAGAAUUACACCAAGCUCGAGAAUGUCGGCGCCGAGGACUACUUCUGCCGCUUCGAGUACAAGGCCGCCACUGGGGGCUUCACCCCCGACCGCGUGGCAGUGUACUGCAAGUGCGAGAUGCCUUACAACCCCGACGACCUCAUGGUCCAGUGCGAGGGAUGCAAGGACUGGUUUCACCCGUCUUGUAUGGGCAUGACUAUUGAACAGGCAAAAAAAUUAGAUCACUUUCUCUGCUCAGAUUGUACCUCUGAAGAUGACGCUAAGAGAUCUGUGAAUGGCUAUCCUGCUUCACCAAUUUCAGAGCCUAAGGUUGAAUCCAAAAGGCGGAAGAGGUAACCGUUGAAGCUGUAGGGUCUUGCAUGAGGAGGUUGGCAAGAUAGUGGUGACAAAUUUGGCAGGUUAUUUAUCCAGCAAAUUCGAGACCCAAGAAACCAAGGAAAGGUCAUGCACAAGAAAGCAUAGGCCCAGGCAAAUAUUUUUAUCUUUUCAUGCAGCUUAAUCUAGAGAAUAAAGCUGUCGAAUGCAUCUAGAGUCCCUUCAAUCAGAAUGUUUCAUAAGAGGCUGUUGGAAUUAUCAAACUUUUCAUCAGUUUUGUUGCCAAAACGGCUCUUGCUGUUAAGCUUACAUAAUGUGGACAGGGGCUCGCAUUGGAGUGCUUCUGACCGUUUCAUCUUUUUCCAACCAAAUGCGAUACGGUUUGAGGUGGCGAGCUGGUCUUUUUGAGGCCAAGCUUGGUCUAUUUGAGGCA